AUGUCGGUAUCACCGUCAAACGUAGCGGAUGAAAAUGUUGAUGAACGAAGACAACCAACACUUCGAUUGCGUGUUAAAGAAAAACCGCAAGGUAUACUACGUUUAGAUAUAAAUGCAGCCAAGCCUCGACGAAAUUCUGUUGAAUUUCGUACACCAACUGAGGUAGAAUUACCUUCUCCUCAAACAUCAUCAACUGAUCAUUUAUCUGUAACAUUUGCACCGGAAGAACGAUCAAUGUGUAGUGACACUUCGAUUAAGGUAAACAUUCCUUCACCAACAUCUCCUAAAUUAAUUACAACUACAACAAAAUCUAUGAAUAAUUCGGAUCGACUACCUGCACCCGAUCCAGAUAGUUCUGAAGAUGAUGAUUAUUCAGCCAGUGUGAAUGCAGUCAUAAUGCGUCGAGCUUCAACCAGAAAAUCACGCCGCCGUUCUUCUCGGCGGCGUACAAGUUCUCCAUUUAGUCCUGAUGUUGAAUCCCUUUACUCAGGACGAAGGCAAUCAGUAUAUACCAAUAGCUCUGGCGAAACUGUAAUUUCUGUUGAUGAAACAACUGGAUCUGAAGAAAUGUAUGAACUAUUAAAAUUGCAUAAGGAAGUUUUAAGUGCUGUACGAACACAACCGUGGCCUAUGCGACGUAAACUACGAUUGGUGCAAUUGGCUCAUGCUUAUGUCAAACAACAUGAAGGCGCUUUACAUCAACGAUUAGCUGCAUCACAUAAUACACGGGAUGUCGUUAAACGAUAUCGUCUCCUUGCAAAUAAAAAAUUUCAAUAUAUUAAACGAGAAAUCGUAAAUUUAUCAAAAUAUUUAACACCUUGGGAAAUGCGAAUCAAACAAAUUGAAUCACAAUUCGGUUCAGUAGUGGCUUCAUAUUUUACAUUCUUACGGUGGUUACUUUGGGUGAAUUUAGUAAUUGCAAUAACAUUAAUAUCAUUUGUAACAAUACCAGAAGUAUUAACUGCCGAUUGGAAAUAUUCUGGUGAUCGUAAAGAAAUGUUAGAAGAUGAAAAAAAACGAUCAGGCGAUUUAGUAACUCUUGUAAAUUUUGAAGGAAUUUUAAAGUAUUCACCACUUUUUUAUGGCUACUAUUCGAAUCGUAAUGGAACUGGAGGAUAUCGUCUGCCAUUAGCAUAUUUUGUUACCGGUUUGGUAGUCUACGUUUAUAGUUUUAUUGCUACUCUUAGAAAAAUGGCUGCCAAUUCUAGACUAUCAAAAAUGUCCGAAAAAGAGGAUGAAUGUAUAUUUACGUGGAAAAUUUUCACUGGUUGGGAUUAUAUGAUUGGUAAUCCUGAAACAGCUCAAAAUAGAGUAUCAUCACUAGUACUUGGUUUCAAGGAAGCACUAUUGGAAGAGGCAGAGAAGAAGCGUGAAGAGCGAAACUGGAAAAUUAUUGUAUCCCGAAUAUUUGUUAAUUUUGUUAUACUCAUACUAUUGGGAAUAUCUGCGUUCGUUGUAAUAUGGGUUGUUCAAAGGUCAUCUGAAGCUGGUGCUGAUACGAGCUGGUGGAGAAAAAAUGAAAUUAAUAUCUGUUUAACGUUAAUUGCAUCAAUAUUUCCCAUAUUUUUUGAAAUUUUGGGUUUAUUGGAAUUUUACCAUCCUCGAAAACAAUUACGUGUUCAAUUAUUUAGAAUUAUGCUGCUGAACUUACUAAAUUUAUAUUCACUUAUAAUUGCUUUGUUCGAUAAAAUUGGAGAUAUGACAAAAGAAUUACAAGAACUCAUAAACAUUCCUGCCACAAUUAAUGGCAUUUCCACUUUGACAACUUCAAUACCAAAUACAACUGAAACAUUCGUAUCGACAUUAUCCGAACAAUUAACUAGUUCGAUUACUACUAUUGUAAAUAAUAUAAGUACUCAAAUGUCUCAUGAAACUUCCACAAUAAUACCAAAAGUUUGUCGUGAAAUUAUGGUGAAUUGUACUGACCGAACGCAAAAUAUGACGACAGUUAUGACAGCGUUAUUAAUUACAUCAGCCGUUACAACUCCCAUUACAAACUACACGUCAGAGAUAACAUUUAGUUCUACAACCAAUAAAAGUGAUUUUAAUUGGAUAAAUGAAACAUCUACUCAACCAAAUGAAAAUAUCACUGAUUUUUCUCUAAAUUUUACAAAUAAUAUACAAAAUUCAACAAAUGAUUUUACGGAUGUAAAUUUACAACAAAAUUUUUACUUGAGUGAAUUAACGGACUCGAAUCUUGAACAGAGUUUAUACGAUGAAAUUUUAAAUGAUGAAUCAGAACAGAAUAGAAAUACUACAGAAAGUGAUAUGAAAAUUUUGUCAAAUAAUCAGACAACGAAUUUUAUUCCGACCACAGCAUCGACAUUUCCUGAUGCGAAUAAAAACUAUACAAAAUUAUGUGUAAUUAUGGUUUGUGAUAAUGAUACGAUUGAAGACGAUAACAUGGCCAGUGCUUCAAAACUUAUACAAGGUCGAAAUAUGGGGCAUACAUUUACAACGCGUUUACCAAAUGAACAAAAAUAUCCAUUGCAUAUACGAAAAAAAAUGCGGAAUUUAUGCUGGGAAACAUCGUUUGGUCAGGAACUAGUUAAGUUGACAGUAACAGAUUUGGUCUUUACUGUUGUAUCAACAUUAUUAGUAGACUUUUUUCGGGCAUUAUUCGUUCGAUAUAUGAAUAAUUGUUGGUGUUGGGAUUUAGAAAAGAAUUUCCCACAAUAUGGUGAUUUUAAAAUUGCUGAAAAUAUUCUACAUUUAGUAAACAAUCAAGGUCUAGUAUGGAUGGGAAUGUUCUUUUCACCUGGAAUAGUUGCAAUCAAUUUGAUAAAAUUAAUCAUCAUGAUGUAUUUACGUUCAUGGACUGUAUUAACUUGUAAUGUACCACAUGAAAUUGUGUUCAGAGCGUCACGUUCAAAUAAUUUUUAUUUUGCAUUAUUAUUGACAAUGUUAUUUUUAUGUGUGUUACCGGUUGGUUAUGCAAUUGUUUGGGUGAAACCAUCGCAUCAUUGUGGACCAUUUUCGGAAUAUGCAACAAUAUCAAAAAUGUUUACAGAUUUCUUACAUGAAAUUUUACCACAGAAAUUUCAUCAAGUUUUAGAUUAUAUUGCAUCACCUGGAAUCGUUAUACCAUUAUUAGUUUUACUAAUUUUAAUCAUUUAUUAUUUGAUGUCUUUGUCGAAUGCCUUACGUGAAGCGAAUCUUGAUUUGAAGGUACAGCUCAGAAAGGAACGCACAGAAGAACGUAGAAAAAUGUUCCAAAUUGCCGAUAAACGUUAUAAGAGUAAAUCCUCUUUUGAUAACACUCCGUAUGGUAAAUGGAAAAAAAUAUUUUCAACAAUGGCUGUAACAACUAAACAAAAUAGUCAAGAUGCUUGUCCUCAAGUUCCUGGAUUUGAUUCAAGUGGAAAACAUGGCGAUGAUCAAGUCGAUGCGAAAACUGAAAAUAAAAAAAGAGAAAUAAUGGCCAAAAUCAUGAAAAACGCCUUUGGUAUGCAAUCAAUGCAAACAGAAGAUGAUGGAACCGAUACCGAAUUACAUGAUUCUUUGCCAGAAGAUGGUAAAAUAAAACAUGAAAAUACAACACAACCAUCUCGAAAAAUUAAAGAGAAAAAUAGUAAACCACAAAUAAGUAAAGAACAACGAACGGAUAAAAAACAACAAAUUAAACAACAACGUCAAAGUUCAGAUGGUUCUGUUUGGUCCGAUAACAUUCCCGUAAUUACUAUUAGCAAAACGUUAAGUUCUGAAAGUAUACUUGAUGAUAAGAAACAUGUAAAUAUUCCCAAGGAAAGCGUUAAAACGUCGGGAUCACCUGUCACCACCAUUCAAACGGUAAACGAAAAAUCAAAAGCCGCAGAAAAUGAUGUAGACCAGAAACAAACAAAAGAAAAUGAAAAUAAAAAUUUAUUACGGAAAUUAUUUAAGUCUACUCCAAAACUAUUAAAAUUUCAACCAAAACAAGAAUCUAUCGACGAUGUAAAGACUAACAUCGAAGAAAUUGGAAAAGUGAUAGAUAAUGUAUCCAUAUUAUCUUCGAAAGAAACAAAAUCUAACAAUCCAUGUGUGCAAAUAUCAUUCGAAUCUCCAAAAACAAGCGAAUUCAAACAAUCUAAGGAACUUGUAUCUGAGUCUCAACAAAAUAAUGUUUUAAUAGAAAACGAAGACCUUGUUUCAAAUUUAACAAAGACAGAAUCGAGCAGUGAUUAUAAGGAAUAA